AUGAAAUCAAAUCUUUAGAACAUUUCUAUGUUAAAAUGUUACAGUAUCUUAUUAUUAUUAUACUGUCUCAAAUAUGAAAUCGGAUUUAUUAUUUUAAAAUAAAGAGUUAUUGAAAUUUAUUUAAUCAUGUCUAAGGCUUAAGUCAAGAUUGCUAUAUUGAAUUUAUAAAAUGAAGAACUUCCAUUUAAUCUUUUAUUCAUAUAUGUAUAGUAUGGAUUGUUUGAAGGUGAAUAAUGA